ACAGUCAAACUAAAUCUAUUUGACACAGUGCUUCCUAUCCCUCUCUCACUCACACACCUGCCCUAGGAAUGUUCCCUUUCCUGUUGGUUUGCCGUAAGAAUGGAAAGCAUGUCCAUCAUGUCAAGUCAUCGGGCAUAAAAACCAAAUUGCCUUUAGGAACAGUUGUAUACCAAAUGGUUAUUGUUUUAAAAAAAUAUGAAUGAGUGCAGUGCCUGAAACACGUGCAUUAAAAAGCCACAGGAAUUUAUCUAGAGCAAGCUAUUCUAUAUCAAUAGGAUUCCUGAGGAAACAACAUAGUGUGACUUCUCAAUCUCUCAACGCUGCGCCUUGAUUCAAACUUGCCUGACAACUUUUUAUCUAUUUACCUUAUACAAGCGGUCAGCCAAUGCUAGUCUGCUCCCUGAUUUGACACACCCUCUACUGUGGGAUGGGAACUCAUGAACACACGCAUAAACAAGCAACACUCAGUCUUAAGACCCGUGGGGUUAGACUGUUUCAGGGUGGCUUGAGGAAAACAACUAUUCCGAUACACUCAGAGGAGAGACAUUUAACACUUAAGAUUAUCUCUAUAGUUCAAGGCAGCAGCUCAGAUGGCAGAGGCACCAACAGAUCCAAGCCUGGACAUUUUCUCGGAGCAAGAGUUGACCUGCUCUAUUUGCCUGGAUGUGUUCACCGACCCCGUCUCCACACCCUGCGGACAUAACUUCUGCCAGGCCUGCAUCGGGGGGUACUGGGCCUCCAGUCGUGUGUGCAGCUGUCCACUCUGCAAAAGACAGUUUGAUGAGCGGCCCCUCCUCAACAUCAACAGAGUGUUUGCCCUCAUCGCGGAUAAAUACAAGCACUCCCGCUACGGAACGCCGCUACAGAAGGGGCUGCCCACGGCCGCCGGCAGACAUGAAGAGCAAGCGGGGACGUGCGCCUACGCUGCCACUAACCCGUUUGCGCCACCGGACCCGGGCGCGCUGGUGAAUUGCGACAUUUGCACCGGGGUGAAGCGGGCGGCCGUGAGCUCGUGCCUCGUGUGCACGGCGGCCUACUGCGAUGAGCACGUGCAGCCGCAUCUGACGUCUGCGUUCUACGCCUCCCACAGCCUGCUGGACCCCCAGGAGGCGCUGCGUGGACGCACUUGCGCCGAACACAAGCACCUGCUGGAGGUGUACUGUAGGACGUGCCAGAGCUGUGUUUGUGGGAUCUGUGUCUUGGGGGAGCAUCGCACUCACCAGACGGUCUCCGUUCAGACAGAGAGACUUCACAAACAGAAACUGUUAUCCAGGUCCGAGUUGGAGAUAGUGAACCGCAUUGAGGGGAAGAAUCUUCGUCUUAUGGGGCUGAAACAGCAGCUCCAUGUCGUCACGAACUACGCCAACGGAGAACAGGCAGAGGUGGAGCAGCUCCUCUCUGAGCUGUCCGAGUCCAUGGAGAGCAUCCGGGCACUCCUGCUUGGCAGGAUGCAGACCAAGAGGGACGCCGUGGUGACCCACGGGGAGGGGCUGGUGAGCCGCUUGGAGGCGGAGCUAGGCCAGCUGGUGGAGAGGAGGGCCCUGAUGGACACCCAGGCCACCAGCCAAGACCACAUUAGAUUCCUACAGAAUUUCGACCAGACCAUGGCUCCUCUGGCCGCGGCCUCGGACCCGCAGGCCGAGGCGGAGUCCAAGCUUUCGCUGCACUUCAACCUGACGGACAUCAAAAGCGCCCUGACGGACGUGAGGGAGAGGAUGGACGAGAUCCGCACGGGGAACACCCGCUCCAGAGGCUCUUUGGGAUCCAUCUCCUCCGGGGAGAGGGAUAUGAGUGACGGAAUGUCCAGCUAUAGAGGAAGCAACUCAAGUCUGCGGGCCAGCCAGUGGUCUCUGAAAGAUGUGAAGAAGAUUAAGGCCGGAGCAGGCCUCAGAAAGAUCCUACCCUACAUGGAGGAUGUGACGCUGAACCCAGUGACGGCGUACCCCUUCCUAGUGCUCUCUGAAGACCGGAAGCAGGUGAAGAGGGGGGAGAAGCUACAGUUCUAUAGGAACAGCCAGCAACGCUUUGACAUCUGGUCCUGCAUUCUCGCCAAGGAGGGCUACGACACUGGACGCCACUACUGGGAGGUGAGCGUUGGGGACGGUAAGGACUGGAAACUGGGGGUUGUUUCCGAGUCUGCCCAGAGGAAGGGCCUGUUUGACAUGAGUCCCUCCAGUGGCUACUACGCCCUUUGGUGGAGCGGAAGUCAACUCCGUGCCCUCACAACUCCUCCACUCAUGAAGGUGAAAAUAUCGUCCAAGUUACGCAAGGUGGGAGUGUUCCUGAGUUUGGAGGAGGGCCAGGUGUCCUUCUACAAUACCAAGACGGGCUCGGAACUCUACACCUUCAGGGGGUCAGAGUUCACCGAAAGGAUGUACCCGUUGCUAGGCACGGGCGAUAAGGAAGUCCCUCUGGUGCUCUUAACCGUCCAAUGAAAUAAGGGCCAAGUUGUUGCGGGGGGUUAUAUUUCUUCUUUUAAGGUUGGCUGACCAAGCGGCUUUGAUAUGUCCUUCAGUGAAUAAAACAAUAAAGACAAGUUUGAAGGUU